AUGAGUUCUGUAGGAGGCGGAGUAGCGACAGAUAGAAGAUCAGCCACCCAGAUCAAUUUCGCCCUGCCUACUGGCUCACAGUCACAUACAACCAUUAUCAACGAAACGGAAUUUCCAUCAUUGGGUGCGCGAAGCACCCCGUCCGGAGGCGGUUUUUCGCCUUUGCCAACGACGAGUGGUAGUAGCUUCUCGACAAACCAAUCCCCUUUACCGUACAAGGACCAAAUCAACCAUCGAGCGAACUAUGCGACAUUGAUGCGUGGCGUGGAAGCGUCAUUAAAUCCUGAGUUUCAAAUUCAAAACGAAGACUUCCCUGCGUUACCAGGAGCGUCACCAGGCGAUCACCCAGCUCAGGCACCUGCGUCGUUAAUGACAGCUGCGAACGAUUUGCCGAUAUCGUCGGCAGCAGCUGCAGCAGCGACACCAGCGUCAACAGAUCCGUUCGGUGUUCAUCCAGCUGGAGAACCUGCUCGGGGUAUCAUCACCCAUCCGGAUGGUGAAGUGUCGAACAUUCCUCCAACGAUGCUUGCGGAUCAAUUCGGCAUGGCUGGUCUCGUCACCUACCUGCGCACAGUCGACAAUCCGUCUAUAGUGUCAUUAGCACUCGGCUACGAUCUCACCACGCUCGGACUAAAUCUGAACCUUUCCGAACGACAUUUGUACACCUCUUUCGGUGGCCCGUGGGCUGACAACCCAAUUCGGCCACACGAAUUGGACGUGAAAGUACCCGAUGAUUAUUUGACGAAUGCUCAGAUUCGGGAAAAGUUGCCACCGGUAAAGUUGAACAAAUUGUCAGAGGAUGUUUUGUUCUACUUGUUCUACAACUGCCCGGGAGAAGUGUAUCAAUUAGCGGCUGCCUGUGAAUUGUAUCAAAGAGAUUGGCGGUUCCACAAAAGCGACGGGAAUUGGUUGACACGAUCACAAUAUGGGGGUGUUAAAGAGCAAACGGGGUCAUACGAGAAGGGCCAGUACAAUGUUUUCGACCCGUUGCAGUGGCGCAAGAUCCCAAAGGAGCUGAAAUUGGAGUACAAAGAGCUUGAAGAGCGACCGAAAUUGCCGGCUAUGUUCGGUGGUGGAGGAGGAGCAGCGGCAGCAUCGAUGGGCACAUCGGCUCCGCGUCCGUCGUCGUAG